UCCCCGGGCAGCAGAGGUGGUGGGGGUGGAGUCUGCAGCCAACCUUGCCGUGUCCACAGCGCGGGCCCCACACUCGACCGAUCCGCCCGUGCCCCGCGUGUCCUUCGUUGCAUGCGUCCACCUCUUCGACGCAGGGAAAUCAUCUUUUGUCGUCCACGCGUCCCAUCGCCACGGCCACCAUGGACAAGAAGCUCUUGGAGAAUAUUUCCGCGUCGGGCCGCUCCAUCGGAGUCCUGACCAGCGGCGGAGAUGCGCAGGGUAUGAACGCGGCUGUGCGCGCCGUGGUGCGGAUGGGCAUCUACGUCGGAGCCAAGGUGUACUUCAUAUACGAGGGAUACCAGGGGAUGGUCGAUGGCGGUGAUCACAUCAAGGAGGCCACCUGGGAUCACGUGUCCAGCAUUCUGCAGCUGGGCGGCACGGCCAUCGGCAGCGCGCGGUGCAUGGACUUCCGCGAGCACGCGGGCCGUCUGAAGGCGGCGCACAACCUCCUCAAGUGCAGCAUCACCAACCUGUGCGUCAUCGGCGGCGACGGUAGCCUCACGGGCGCCAACCUGUUCCGCGAGGAGUGGAGCGGCCUGCUCGCCGAGCUGGUCAAGGCCGGCAAGAUCACGGCGGAGGUCGCCAAGAAGAAUUCCCACCUCAACAUCGUGGGCAUGGUGGGCUCCAUCGACAACGACUUCUGCGGCACGGACAUGACCAUCGGCACCGACUCGGCGCUCCACCGCAUCAUGGAGGUGGUGGACGCCAUCACCACCACGGCGCAGAGCCACCAACGCUCCUUCGUUUUGGAGGUCAUGGGAAGACACUGUGGAUACUUGGCGCUGGUCACGGGGCUCACGUGCGGCGCCGACUUCGUGUUCCUGCCGGAGAUGCCACCCGCUGACGGCUGGGAGGAUCAGCUGUGUGCCACCCUCACCGAGACGCGCAGCCGAGGGGUCAGGCUGAAUAUCAUCAUCGUGGCGGAAGGAGCCAUCGACCGGCACGGGAAGGCCAUCACAUCGGAUCAAAUCAAAGACAUGGUCACCAAGCGGCUGGGCUUCGACACGCGCGUCACCGUCCUGGGACACGUGCAGAGAGGCGGCACCCCCAGCGCCUUCGACCGCAUCCUCGCGAGCCGCAUGGGGGUGGAGGCCGUGCUCGCUCUUCUGGACGCGUCGCCCGAGACCCCGGCGUGUGUGGUGUCGCUCUCGGGGAACCAGGCAGUGCGUCUGCCGCUCAUGGAGUGCGUGCAGAUGACUAAAGAUGUGCAGAAUGCCAUGGACAAGGGUCAAUUCAAUGAAGCAGUCGAACUGCGUGGCAGGAGUUUCGAGAACAACCUCAACACGUAUCUGAUGUUGGCCCACAAAACGUCGGACAGAAAGAAGACGGGCUUCGUGCUCGGCGUGCUGUGCGUUGGCGCCCCGGCGGCCGGCAUGAACGCGGCUGUGCGCUCGGCCGUGAGGGUCGGCAUCAUGGAGGGGCACAAGGUCUUCGUGGUGCACGACGGCUUCGAGGGGCUCGGCAAGGGCGAGAUUGAGGAGUUCACCUGGGGAGACGUCGGUGGCUGGACGGGGAAAGGUGGCGCCAACCUUGGGACUAAGCGAACCCUACCAAACACAUGUAUGGACAAAAUCGUGGAGCAGAUUAAAAAGCACAAGAUAUCGGCCCUCCUCAUUAUCGGUGGAUUUGAGGCCAUGGAGGGCGCGAUGCAGCUGGCGAGCGGGCGCGGGCAGCACGAGGAGCUGUGUAUCCCCAUGUGCGUCAUCCCCGCCACCAUCAGCAACAACGUGCCCGGCACGGACUUCUCCAUCGGAGCCGACACCGCCCUCAACACCAUCGUCGAGACCUGCGACCGCAUCAAGCAGUCGGCCAGCGGGACCAAGCACCGCGUGUUCGUCAUCGAGACCAUGGGCGGCCAUUGCGGGUACCUGGCCACCAUGAGCGGCCUGGCCGCUGGGGCCGACGCCGCAUACAUCUUUGAGGAGACCGUGACGAUCCACGACCUGCAGGCCAACGUGCAACAUCUGACGGAUAAAAUGAAGGGCUCGGUCCGUCGCGGCCUCAUCAUCCGUAACGAGAAGUGCAACGCCAACUACACCACGGACUUCAUCUACAACCUCUACACGGAGGAGGGCAAGGGCGUCUUCGACUGCCGCAAGAACGUGCUGGGCCACAUGCAGCAGGGUGGCCGCCCAACCCCCUUCGACAGGAACUUUGCUACCAAAUUGGCUGCCAAAGCUGUGAUGUGGGUCUCCAAGAAGCUGGAUGAAACCUUCAGACAAGGUCGCGUGUUCGCCAACUCGGAUGACUCGGUGUGCCUGUUGGGCAUGCGCCGCCGCGCGCUCAUGUUCCAGCCCAUCAACUCGCUCAAGGAUCAGGCCGACUUCGUACGCCGCAUUCCCAAGGAGCAGUGGUGGCUGAAGCUGCGCCCCAUGCUCAAGAUCCUGGCCAAGUACAAGAUCAGUUACGACAUCACCGAUCUGGAGGGACACCUGGAGCAUGUGCAGAACCGCCGGGAUUCUGAGUCCACCAAGGUCUAAUGAAGCAGGCCUGGCCACGCUGGCAUCCACGCCCACAUUUAGACUAGCACUCACGCUCACUCCGCACCCGCGCGUAAUUCGCACGGCACUCACAAACACGCCAAUCAAGGGAUUAAUUUCAGCCGGGUCUGUCUGUGGGUUGGGAAACCCUUUGCGCAACACAUUCAGGUUACCUCUUGCUUUGGAUGGGGCUUCUAGUGACAUUUGGAAUGGAACUCAGCCACCUUAGUUCAAUUCCGGGCCACGGUCAACAUCAGUGGGGAAAAUCUGAACCGGUUUAUGGGGCCUCACCAAGUGAGAAGCAAAGCCCUGCACUCACACUUCCACUCCUCCGGCGCAUCAUUCACACCGUACUCGACUCGUACCACACUCACAACACACUUAUCCAUUACUCCACUCGCAUUUCAUUGUGGUUUUUUUCCCCUCUCUGAGUGUUUUGUAUGGCUGCACAGCAAAGCAAUAAGAUGCAUUGGCAACGCAUGGCAUUUCGAAAACCGCACGACUUCAGAAAACCAAAACACCGUCGCGAUGACAGAAUAGCAAGGCGCAGGCACGCUUCAGCAAAUACGGCCCCUCUUAAGAACGGAGAGAAAAUGCUGCUUAUGCUGGCUCGGCAGUCAGGUACCAUCCUUACUUUUGAGCGUCUGACUGCGUGGCCAUCCACAAAAGAAACAAACGCAGUAACAUAUUCUUGGUUCUUUCGGUAAAGUCACCACGUAGGAUGGAAACAAUAAAAUAAUAAAAAUAUAAAUA